UACGAAAAAAAUGUAAUGGUUGGAGCUAGGAAGCCCAUAGGUUCCAAAUCCCUCCGUCGGCUGCUCAACGGAGCCCUGUUCAAUCGCGCGGUUCGUAGUCCUCCACCGCGCUCAACGCCGCUUCUCUCUUUCGCCCCCAUUUUCUCUCGCCCUCCGUGGACGCACGGAGCUCAAUUCACUCUUUCUUAUCAGGUCCUUAAUUGGAGGUAAACGCCCAAAACAUCUUAGGACUGAAUUGCGUCAAAGUCAUUGCAUCUGAAAUCAUUCUCGAUCUCCGGGCCAUGCUUGAGUGCACUUCUGAGUUCCAGAAAGAGGCGCUACGAAACUUAGAUGCUGGGCAUUUCAUAUGGAGAACUCUUCCUCCUUCUUGGAGCUACUGCUGCCUUCAUUGAUUCUUAUGAAAAGGGCCAAAGGAUCUCCCAGUGAUAGCAAGAAUGGCAGGGAGGAUGGCUGGAAGAGCAAUUGGAUAUGUUCAGUUAGCUCGAGGUCAGUUUGACUCUGUCAUGCAACAAACUCAAGCUCGCCAGGUUCACAAGGAAUUGCAAGACACUAUGGCUCAGCUUGAUGCUAUUCGUCAUGAAAUCCGAAGCAUAUCGAUUCUGAAUCCUGGGCCAUUGACUCGGAGGCUUGUGGAUGAUCCCGAGCUCAGAACAGCUGAUAGUGGCGUAACUAGUGAUUUAGCAAAAGAAAAACAUACUGUGGAGAUCACACCAGCAGCUAGCAGUCUGAAGGUAGCACCUUCACAAAUAUCAAAUGAGCACAGCCGAGCAACUACAUUCGCCAGAUUGGCUGAAUCACCAACCAUAAAGAAUGGUUCCACUGGCUCAUUUCCAAUUGCUACAGACGGAGAUAAGCUUUAUGAUGAGUUAGGACUUCCUACAGUUUUACCCAUAUCCGCGGAAAAUAGUGGGCUGUUACCUAAACGCCCGGAUGAGUUAAAAGGAUCUGACAUAAUGUUAGAAGCAGUACUGGAAGCAGAAGUGGCUCACAAUGCAAAAGAAUUUUUUUCUCAAAUCACCAAAGCCAAAUGAAACAAGAACAAGGAUAACAAUCUCAUCGGCAUUUUGGUGCGACGCAUUGCUUGAACUUGUAUUUAUGAAUGGAACAGAGUUUGAUAUUCAGGGUGACCUAUAAAUAAAGUUCAGACGGAUCAAAAAUGGUACCCCAGGUAUUCCCUCUUGACUUCAUAUGUGACAUUUAUGCAAGGGAAUGAAUGACAUAGAAAAUUACACUUGGAAAUUUUAUUUACUUUUGCCUGUCAGGAAGAAAUAGGGGAAAGAAACACGAAUGCAUUCUUUCUACUGGUUUUUAUCAGUUAUGUACAGAAGCGUGUGCUCGAUUACUGAUUCUCAAUGCUGCUUCUAACUUGGGCUUAUUUUGUUAA